AUGUAUUCUCAAUCCUUCCUGGUGCAGUUCGUAUUCUUUGCUGUAAGCUUGUCGUCCCAGCUUCCGGAAUCCGGCUGGAAGGCAGCGAACUUUCAAAAGUCCUGCGGUUCGUGGGGUGACUUUGAUGAGUCAUGCUCGUCUUGUUCGCUUGAUCGAUCAGCAGAGUUGCCAAGCACGUAUGAAUGCCAGUGUCAGACAGGUGGUAUCCAGAGACUCUUCUUAUCUCACACAACGCUAGGUCAAGUGGUUGGCAACUGGGAUGGUCGCUUGUGUUGUGGAGAGGGUGACUACAGCUGCGGCGAGACAUCUAAGACUCCACCAAUGUAUUUCUGA